GGGGGAGUCUUUGUGACCACGUUUCCUGUUAAUGCUGUUCGUGUGCUGCCACCUCUAUCUGCUGCUCACUGGCUGACAUGUGUGAAAAUGAAUAUGAAUUUUCCUGGCAUCCUGUAAGAUAUUUGAAGUUCUUACAACAUGGCAGACAUUGACAACAAAGAACAGUCUGAACUUGAUCAAGAUUUGGAUGAUGUUGAAGAAGUAGAAGAAGAAGAAACUGGUGAAGAAACAAAAAUCAAAGCGCGUCAGCUGACUGUUCAGAUGAUGCAAAAUCCUCAGAUUCUUGCAGCCCUUCAAGAAAGACUUGAUGGUCUGGUAGAAACACCAACAGGAUACAUUGAAAGCUUGCCUAGGGUAGUUAAAAGACGAGUGAAUGCUCUGAAAAACCUUCAAGUCAAAUGUGCACAGAUAGAAGCCAAAUUUUAUGAGGAAGUUCAUGAUCUUGAAAGGAAGUAUGCUGUUCUCUAUCAGCCUCUAUUCGAUAAGCGGUUUGAGAUCAUUAAUGCAAUUUAUGAACCUACAGAAGAAGAAUGUGAAUGGAAACCGGAUGAGGAAGAUGAAAUUUCGGAGGAACUGAAGGAAAAGGCUAAGAUCGAAGAUGAGAAAAAGGAUGAAGAAAAGGAAGACCCUAAGGGAAUUCCUGAAUUUUGGUUGACUGUUUUUAAGAAUGUUGACUUGCUCAGUGAUAUGGUUCAGGAACAUGAUGAACCUAUUCUGAAGCACUUGAAAGAUAUUAAAGUGAAAUUCUCAGAUGCUGGCCAGCCUAUGAGUUUUGUCUUAGAAUUUCACUUUGAACCCAAUGAAUAUUUUACAAAUGAAGUGUUGACAAAGACAUAUAGAAUGAGGUCAGAACCAGAUGAUUCUGAUCCCUUUUCUUUUGAUGGACCAGAAAUUAUGGGUUGUACAGGGUGCCAGAUAGAUUGGAAAAAAGGGAAGAAUGUCACUUUGAAAACCAUUAAGAAGAAGCAGAAACACAAGGGACGUGGGACAGUUCGUACUGUGACUAAAACAGUUUCCAAUGAUUCCUUCUUUAAUUUUUUUGCCCCUCCUGAAGUUCCCGAGAGUGGAGAUCUGGAUGAUGAUGCUGAAGCUAUACUUGCUGCAGACUUUGAAAUUGGUCACUUUUUACGUGAACGUAUUAUCCCAAGAUCAGUGUUAUACUUUACUGGAGAAGCAAUUGAAGAUGAUGAUGAUGAUUAUGAUGAAGAAGGUGAAGAAGCAGAUGAGGAAGGGGAAGAAGAAGGAGAUGAGGAAAAUGAUCCAGACUAUGACUCGAAGAAGGAUCAAAACCCAGCAGAAUGCAAGCAGCAGUGAAGCAGGAUGUAUGUGGCCUUGAGGAUAACCUGCACUGGUCUGCCUUCUGCUUCCCUGGAAAGGAUGAAUUAACAUCAUUUGACAAGCCUAUUUCAAGUUUUUUUUGUUGUUGUUGUUGUCGUUUGUUUGUUUGCUUGCUUGUUUUAUUUUUGCAGCCUAAAAUAAAAAUAUCAAAUACAAUUUUAGUUCUCAUAAGACAAUGUCUUAAUUUUGUACUAAUUCAGGUAGGAGCAGAGGCCUAGCUUGGAUUAUGUCUUGUACAUAGUUUACCGUUAUUGAAGAAAAGGGUGCCAGCUUUGGAACAGGUAAUACAUCUAAUAAGCAGGUGUUUUUAGAAAAUAAAUGAUGUGAACCCUUUUAAACAAAAAAUUAAGAGGUUAAAUUUUAUUUUCUUUGGGUAAAACUAUAGAGAAAGGCCCCAAGCCUUUAUGGUUUAUUCUGAUUCUUACUGCUUAAAGUAUGUCAAUUACCCAUACUUCUGUUUUACUAUUGUAUUAAAAUGGGUAGUACUGUUUACUUAACUACCUCACAGAUAUGUUAAGGCAUAUUAAGUUAAAUUUCAUGAAGUGUUUCUCAGUCUCAUUAAAUUAAGCUCAAAAAUUGGACCUACUUGUACCACAAGUGUGAUGUUCAGCAUCUUAACUCACACCAGUCUUUGUGUAAUUAAACUGGAAAAACAAAGGUUAAGUACCUCUAUUUUGGAUGUGGGUAGGCAAUACUCUUUUUAGAGCUUUGUAUGGCUCCUAUUUUAAUAGAAGUGAGUGGAUAAACUAUUUUCCAAAGUUCCAAGGAUUUUUUUCAGGUAUUUUACAUUCCCAUAUUGUGGUAAAUACUUAAAGAAAUCAUGGGACUGAAGUGGAAAUUAAGACCAUUUUUGGGACGGGAAAUACCAUUAAAUUAGACUGUAGAGCCACAUUUAAAAUACCUCAGGCUAAUUACUGUUAAUUUUGGGGGAUGAGCUUUUCUUUUUUUUUUUUUUUUUUUGACAGGGCGGACUGAUUGGAUAGUAAUCACAGGAAGGCCUGCAGUUGUUUCUCAAUACAAUUACAUUGGGUUCAUUGUUAGAGGUGAUAGCAGUUCCUUGAAAACUUGGUAUUAAAGUCUAGGAAUGUGAACACGUUUUUAUUUGUGUAGUACUAUCGACUUCUGAGAUUUUAGGUAACUACUGGAAAUCCUUAACCACUUACAAGAGUUUCUUAUUUUCAAAAUGAUUUUGGUUGCUUUGAUUAGACAUUCUGUGCUAAUAUUUUGUUGUUAACCAUAGCUCAUCUAAACACAGCUUUUUCUGAACUUUAACAUUUUUAAUUAAAAGCUAGAAUCCCAUUUUUAAUGAAUUUGGAAAAUCAUUUUUUAAAAAUUUCCUUUAGGAAAUAGCUAUUGCCAAAGCAAAGAGGUAGAUAAUAGUUUAUUUUGUUGCAUAAUGGGGAUGUGGUUUGCAGAGAAAUUGUUUUCUUUAUAAAGUCAGGGUUGGAGUUUACAAAAGAUAUCAGUGUUCAUCUGUGCCAUUUCUCCAGUUCCAAAUGGUUCUAUUCCAUUUUAGAAGUUUGAAAUAUGUAACUUGAAAUGCUUAAUAAAAUUUGGAUUUAAUUUUA